CAACAUCUACAGCAGCAACAACCCCAACGACCACGACCACAACCACAACCACGACCACAACCACGACUACAACAACGACCGUUACAUCAACCUCCAGUACGACACCUUCAGCACUCAUAACUGACAUAUCGACAGGUGAUACCACACAGUCUACCACAAACACGGCAACAACAUCUACAGCAGCAACAACCCCCGCGACCACAACCACAACCACGACUACAACAAUGACCGUUACACCAACCUCCAGUACAACACCUUCAGCACCCAUAACUGACAUAUCGACAGGUGAUACCACACAGUCUACCACAAACACGGCAACACCAUCUACAGCAGCAACAACCCCCACGACCACAACCACAACCACGACCACGACUACGACUACACCAACGACCACUUCGUACAACCCUUUUCCAGUGCGCAAGGUUGUGGUGAGGUGUGCCUGUCGAUGCAAGGACUUGUCCCUUCCCUCGGAUACCAAACAAGUGAAAGAAGUGGCGCUGUCGAUACAGAAGGAACUGAAAGUGGAGAUUAAGACUUUGAGCAAGUCUGUCCAGAAGAAGAAGAGCACUAAAGACCAACGGUCUUCCUCUACCAACAUGGGGUAUCUGGCCAUAUCACUCAUGUGUAUUAUAUUCGGAGCAGUGGUCAUACCAGACGUGGUCAGUGUGACUACAGCCAUAUACAGCGCCAUCAAGGGAAUGUGAUACCGCGGUAUUGUACCUGGUCAGUAUCAGAUAUACAUGUAUACAACAAUAUAAGGGGAGCAGGAUACCGCGGUAUUGUACCUGGUCAGUAUCAGAUAUAU